ACCAAAGUUAAUAGAUGGCAAAGUGCUAGUUACUCACACAUUUUUUGCACUUUUUAUUUGAAAGCAACGUAUGAAGAUAUGCUGGCAUGCAUAAACAUUCUCAUGUACUGCAGAUGCUCAAGAUUCUCGUGCUUUCCCUAGUGUAAUAUUCAGAAUGGAAUUUAGAUGCCCCCUUAUUGAUUUGACAGUCAUUAUUGCAUUUGCGAUUCCCAAGAUAAAAUUAUCUCGAAUUGUAGACUUCGAGGUAAAUUCGAAUUUUUUAGCCUAUUAUAAAUGCCCAAGUCUGCAGACAGUCCAGGCUUCAAUUCAUGUUGCAUGUGGUGAUGGGUGCUCAGUCAUUUCCUUAUGAAAAAAUGCCAUCUUCUUCAACCUUUGAUUCAUCUGUUAUUUCGGGACUCCAUGAGAGGCACAAGAGAGAAAUUGAGCUUCUGACAUUGACGACACAACCUAUUAAGACCCUGAAAUUAUUCUUGAUGGCUUUAAUUCAGUAUCUUGAAAGGCCACUGUUGUGGAUUAUCCGAAAGUGUAGGGUGCUUAUGCUUCUCGGUGUUUUAGUAGGAGCAAUUGUGGUUGCAACAGACAACAGGACUCGCGGAAAGCAUGUAACGGAGCUUGUUAAUUAUCUUUCUUUUGGAUUCUGGUGGUUGGCUCUCGGUGUAGCAUCAUCUAUAGGUCUUGGGACUGGUUUGCAUACUUUUGUCUUAUAUUUAGGUCCUCAUAUUGCCUUAUUUACAAUGAAAGCAAUGCAAUGUGGCCGUGUUGACCUUAAAAAUGCCCCAUAUGAUACCAUUCAGUUGAGAAGCACUCCGUCAUGGCUCGACAAAGAUUGUUCUGAGUAUGGACCACCAAUGUAUUCAUCACCUCAUUCACGGGUUCCACUCACUAGUAUACUACAUCAGGUUCAGUUGGAAGCUAUCCUCUGGGGUAUUGGAACUGCACUUGGCGAGCUUCCUCCAUAUUUCAUCUCUAAAGCAGCUUGUAUAUCAGGUGACAAUGCAGAAGGCAUGAAAGAUUUGGCUUCUUCUGAAAACGAUGAUAAGGGAUUCAUUGGCAGUCACCUUAAACAGAUGAAACAGUGGCUUCUUUCACAUUCCCAACAUUUGAACUUCUUUACCAUACUAAUUCUUGCCUCGGUGCCAAAUCCUCUGUUUGAUCUUGCUGGUAUCAUGUGUGGCCAAUUUGGCAUCCCAUUCUGGAAGUUCUUCGCUGCAACAGUGACUGGCAAGGCUAUAGUUAAGACUCACAUACAGACAGCUUUCAUUAUAUCAAUUUGCAACAAUCAGCUUCUUGAACUAGUAGAAAUGGAGUUAGUUUGGAUGCUUAGCUUCAUCCCGGGGUUUGCUUCAUUCCUCCCCAGUCUUAUUGCAAAAUUACACAUUAUAAAAGAGAAGUACAUGGCAUCUUCAGCUCCAGUUUCAUCAAAUAUUAAGAUGGAGAAAUGGGAAUUGUCAAUAGCUUCAAUAUGGAAUACUGUUGUGUGGCUAGUGCUCAUCAAUUUCACUUUCCAGAUCAUUACUGCAACUGCUCAGAGCUACCUCAAAAAUCAGCAGGAAGAAGAAAUUGUCAUGUUGAAAGACAACAUACAUGCAUUAAACCAACCAAUUGGUGUUACUGAAAACCCUGUCUGCGAUUAAAUUUUGAGAGUCUUAAGUCCCACCUAUCCUAUGUUUCGUUUCACAUAUGAUCCGGAAAUUCUACCUAAUCACUGUGAUCAUUUUAAGCGCAAGGGGCUCCAAAAUCUAUUAUCUUUGUAGCCUCUUUGUUUGUUUUAUAUUGUGUUCUAGAAUGUAAUUUUCAGCCAUAUCAGAAACUACAAGUGAAGUUUUAUGUACUUGUGGUUCUAGCACAUAAACUCAUGCUAUAAAUCUGAUUUUGUUUGUCA